CUUGAUGGGUUUUGGAUGGUCACCUUACUUUCAGCGGGUUUUCUAAUAGUCUAGGUCGUUUACAGUUUCUGGCGCUACCUGGGAUACAAUGACAGGGAUUAGGAGUAUGUUGCUUUACAACCGAUAUCAUUACUCGAAACUUUAAAGCCGUAAUUUUUGUUUCGCUUGCUGGAUCAGUUUCAUUCACAUUCUUACUGUUAGCCUGUGCGUUACCACAGUACAAGUAACAGAAUUACUUAGGAGUUUAAUCGUGUUUAGUGUUUGGUGGCCACUAUUCAUGCUGAUAUUUUACAUACUAGCACCAAUUCCAUUGCUGGUCGCUAAAAAUUUCCAGGAAAGCUCCUCAUUGGGGGAUGUGAGUGUUUUCCUGACCACAAUAGUAAUAGUAUCCGCAUAUGCACUGCCUAUACUGUUUGCUCGAGCACCUAAAGAAAAUCCCCUCAUAUUAUGGGGUGCUUGUGGACUUACGUUAUCAGCCAAUACGCUUAUGUUUGCAACCAUCUUCUUUCUGGUUUAUCUGGUGGUCAAGUCUGAUGAUUUCGACAGUGGAUUUUAAUUUCGAAUAGUAAAUCUCUCCCUAAUUUUGACUGAAUUUUAAUGUAGUACUUGUGUAUUCUAAGGAAGCACUUGUUGCUAAAUUCGCGUCAUAUAAGAUGUUAUUUUGCUUUCUACUUAUGUAUAUUUUUCAUUUUAAUAAAUCCCCAAAAAGAUAAACUUUUCUGUUUAAGGACAUUUUAGAAAGUUAUCUCCCGAAGGCAACAUACUUUCUCUGUCUCAUUUUGACUUCUGGCUUUGAUUUAUAUAUGCGAUGAGACGUUGAUAAACUAAUAAUUUUAAUCUUUGGAGUCAUUCUGAAUUCUGUUGAAUCGAGAGAUCCUAACUAAACAGAACAGUCGUUUGUAUAGAGGCACCGCUAUCUUAUACUAGUCUGAGCUUGUACAUGGGGCUUUCCAUGAAUUUCUUCUGCUGCGAUCAGUUUUGUUAUGCAGUUAGGUAGAUGUUUCUAAGUUUGAUUUCGCUCCCACUGUGUUACAAAACUGUGAGGUGUUAGAUAUAUUUUUAGAGAAAUUCAGCUCAGAUAACUCGAAGGUUUCUCACGUGGUUGCUGUGUAAUGUUUAGCUCUGAUGUAAUAAGGCUGUUGCGAUGAAUUAUGUCAUCUGAAGAUAUGCAGAUUAUCCCAACCAAUUUUAUCGAAUAUACACAGUUCUUUCAAGUAGUUUACGUUUGCAGGAUGCAGUGAUUUUACAUACUGUAUUUCCGUCAAACACGUAAAAUACCUAAAGCAUGUUAAACUUUACACAGGUGAAACUAUGUCAUACAUUUUAUUAAGGUGGUAUAUGUGUAUUGUUAACGGAGUAGCUUAUAUAUAGAAGCUUGUAUUUUCCUAUCAAACAAGUAUAAAACUAGCGUAGUGCCAUAUACCAUGUCUAGAGAAUGAAGGUUAACAGCUCUGCUUAUCCGCCCAAGUUGUUGCUGGUGGAUCAGCGCCGGAAUCUGUGGUCAAGCAUUCAAAUAGCUCAUCCACUCCUUGAGUUUAUCUUUCGUUUAAAAAGAUAUAUGUGAAGUAGCUCCAAGCUUUCGUGCAAGAGGGAUUCUAGUUUUGAAAUUCCGAAUGAGUUUCUAGGGUUUUCGUCUCACAAUUACAUUUAUCAGUUGAUUGGUUAGCUUUGGUACACCAGAAGGUUUAUGAGCUAGGCUUUCUGGAAACAGAAGUAUUCCCUUUGAUCUUGGAAGCAAUAGCGUUAAUGGAAAACUUAUUGAUCGUCUUAAUUUUACUCAUCUGAACUGUAUUUCCGCCUUAUGAUUAAAAUCUAUCAGUGCCUAAAAAACUAUGGUGAAACUGAUGGUAUUUAUAUCAGAAAACAAGUAAACUAAAGUGCAAAACUUAGUCCAUGAUGAAACAAUAACUGAACACUACACACCAUAGGUUUUACUCAAUGAACUCGAAAAUCCAUACUGUAUGCAACUGAGAAACCUCUGCAUCCAUAAACCACCAAGUUCCGCUUUGGAUUAGUUUUCUGAAAUAUCUGGUAAUAAUCCGAGCGGAAUUAGCUAAAGCUUUAUGGAUAGAGCUACUAAUUUACCGUCCCUAUGUAUCCAUGUAAGGUGAGACUUGAAAACGAAAUAUAGAAAUUGUGUAAGUAGUUCCUGACAGGAAAUAAUGUAAUCCGACACCAACAUUUCAGCCUAUUUACUGGUUGGGGAUGUUUGCUGACAAUAGGAAACAACCAGUCAUAGUGGAGUUCACUUUUUAAUUUUUCUAUCAACCACGAGUUUCGUGUUAUCCAUACUUGUCAUUUCCCUAUCCUAUUUAUUAUCUGCAAACUAUAGUCCUUAUAUUUAGAUCUCCACUUCACUUGAAACUAACUCCUCUCUAUUAAUUUCUAUCUAGUUAGUUUAGGUUUGCUGAUAUGAGGUGAGCUGACUUAAACCAAAACAUAUUACUAUUUCUGAUGUUGUCUGUGACCGGCUGUUUCACUGGAGCAUUCUUUCUAAUCACUGUUCAUAUAUUAAGUCAUUGAGUUCAAAGUAGAAAGGUCUAAACUUAGACAGAUACAAACAAAUCUAGGUUAUUUGUGGAAGUUAGUGUUUCUUAUCAUAUCCCUCUGAUUGAUGCUGUACACAGUCCUAUGUAGUUUUGGUGGUGGUUGUGCAACAACAUUGGAAAAGCUUUGUAGAAUUGUAUUUAACAAUGAUAAACUAUAGUUAUUUCAUACUUUCCCAUUGUUAGCAAGUGUAAGUAUCCCUCAGAUAUUAUAAAUGAUGUUUUGUUAAUGGACUUUUUGACAAAAGCUUGUUCGAAUUGUAAAAAUACACACAUUGAUUUCACUCAUACUUGAUAUUUAGUUAACAAGUAUGAAAUCUAAAGAAGAAUAAACGGAAUUAUUGCGAAAAGCCGAGUUGCAUGUCUUACUGAACUAAGUUCACAUUAAGUUGGUACGGUGAAAGUAUAAUAUAAAGAAGGGUACAUCAAAAUCGAAGUGAAUUUCAGGCAUUUUGGGCAAAAUUCAAAAUAAACGACGUCUUAUAUCACAUAUACUGAAUGAGCAGCAAAAACCUUUCGAUAGUACUGAGAAUGUUUAAAUCCAAAAGUGAGGAUUAUUUUUUAAGAUCAUAGAGUAAAGGUGUUAGUGUUAAAAUCAUAAAAUGAUCAAUUACUUUCUUUAUGGAUUGUAUAUAAAAGGGGAAUCAACACUACGUUUAAAUCUUAAACUUAGGUCUUAAAAAAGGAAUUAACGGCGUUAUGCUUUAUAAACGGACUAUUCAGACAUAAGAUAACGUUUGGGUUUUUGCACAAAAUUCAUUCAUCGUACAGAUACAGAGCAUUUUUGUAUCUUAGAUGAUAUAAUUUUGUAAAACCAUAUUACGUUGGUUUUUGACUGGUCAUUUAGCAUCAUACCUUCUAACAUUUAAAAAUAAUGAAAACUGGCCAGCCACACAUAUCAUUGAGCUUAUUGCUUUACUAACCCAGUUAGAUAUUCAAAAUUUUAUUUAAUAUACAAAAUAUAACACAACUAGGCACAAAAGCGCAAGUCCUACAUCAAAUACAGGAAUAUUGUCGUGAAGAUAUGGGGGGGGGUAGAUACAAUGAAAAUACAGGUGAACAAAUAUGGUUUAAUUAAGAAAAAUACAACCAAGAAAGAAUCUUUUCUAGUUAAAUGAGUUUCUCUGUUGUGAAGAAUAUAGGAGAAACAAAUAGCUUCAUUAAUGGCUUUUAUGCUAAGUCAUAUCCGGUAGAGUUUAAAGACACUGGAUUGUGCUAACUCUAAGGUCCCAAUAAGAGGUUUGUGUUAGAACUACAGAAACCAAUCCUGUACAGCUUUUUUUUCCGUACAACAUUACUUUGUCUUAGAUUGACUACCGGUGUAGAAAGCCCGAUGAUUUCAAGGCAUAAAUCCAUAUCACGAGUAAAUCAUUAUUGUAAUACAGAUCAGUUGUGCUUAACCACUUUGAUAUACUAGCUUGAACACUAGGAAAGAACAUUCACAUCUCACUGACUACUUAAAAUUUAAUCAGCUUAGAGGGUGGGAUAGGUUUAUUAUUUAUUCUUGAUUGAAUCUUGGUAGAUUCCCAUAUGUAAGAAGAUGAAGUCUACAAAUAUAUGUUCGCGUUUCAGUUUGUCAUCUUUUUAAAACUUGGAAACAGCUGUAUAUAGUUCUAAUCAAACUAAGCCUCAAUAUAAAAUUAAACCGGAAGCAAAAUCAAUAGACAUCAGUUUUUUAUUCACUUAAAGAUGGUUAUGAAAUAGGGGUCUAGUUGUUUUCUGCAAAUUAACCAAAAAACUAAAGUUACAGUCUGUAUUGUUAUCAUUAAUCUUUAGACUGUUUUUAUUUGAUUUAUAAAAUUGCUUACGACAUAAAUAGUCCUAUUUAAUACCACUUUCAAUAAUUUGUUGAUAUGUAAUAUUUAAGUUUAUUGAUUCAUAGAUACAAAAUUAUGUACUCACUAAAACUGUAAAGACUUUUUAUAAAUGAAUUAUUGUUAUAUGAACUGUAUGUUUUGUCAUCUUUAGACUAUAUUAAUUUAAUUCAUUUUAUGUGUUUAAAUUUUUGUUCUCUAUUAAAUAUUGAUAAUUGUAAUUUGUUUGAUCACAUGUUUCCUAAUGUAUAAAUUAUUCAUAUUUCACUAAUAUUUUGUAAAAUAGGUGAAUAGAAUUAUAUUCAUUGUAAUAUUGAUUUUUAUUUUACUCACUUAAAAAAAUUUAACCGCCAAAUUAUUAAAUGAUUUAUUUC